GGCGGGAGGGGGCCCGGCGCUGCGUGGGGCGGGGUCGCGCAGGCCCCGCCCCGGCCGCGCGCCUGUCCGUGCCGCCCAUUGGUCCCGAGAGCUAUGACUCGCGGGCUGAGCAGGAAGGAAACCGCUCCCGAGCGCGGCGGCCUCGUCUCCAGGCCGUGCAGCUGCUGCCACCGCUACCCCGUCUGCCUGUCGGCCCGUCGGCCCAUCCGCAGCAUGAGCGGCCUGCGCGUUUACAGCACGUCGGUCACCGGCUCCCGCGAAAUCAAGUCCCAGCAGAGCGAGGUGACCCGCAUCCUGGAUGGGAAGCGCAUCCAGUACCAGCUAGUGGACAUCUCCCAAGACAACGCCCUGCGGGAUGAGAUGCGAGCCCUGGCGGGCAACCCCAAGGCCACCCCACCCCAGAUUGUCAACGGGGACCAGUACUGUGGGGACUAUGAGCUCUUCGUGGAGGCUGUGGAGCAAAACACACUGCAGGAGUUCCUGAAACUGGCCUGAGCCGAGUCAGCCCCCUGGACUCCAUCACCACGUUCCCCCCAGCCAUCACCCAUGAAGGACCUUGUGACAACUCCGUUAUUCCUAACCUUCCGACCUUGGAGCCCCUCCCCCCAACCCAAGACCUACCGCCUCCCCUAACUGUAGCUCCCUCUUCUCUAUUCAAAGGCAACAUUCCUUACCCACUAGUCUCAAAGGCAACAUUCCUUACCCACUAGUCUCAGAAAUUGUCUUAAGCAACAGCCCAAGUGCUGGUUGUCCUCAGCCUGGCCCUGAGGCUGCCACCCUGCCUGGCACUGGCUGAUAGGCACCUUUCUUGGUUCCAUUAGCCAGGGCUCUGCCAAAGGCCCCGCAAUCCCCAUCCGGGAGCACCGCAGAAACAAUUAAAUGUUCCAUUCCAUUGGCA